AUGCAGCGUCGCGUGUCGGUGGCCAGCAGCAGUGACGGCAAAAUGGUUCUGCGGUACUGUGAAUCGCCCUCGGUCGGUACCUGCUGCACGUACAACAUGGAAACGCGCAUGGCGCUGCAAUCCCGCAUCCAGCUGGAGAAGCAGUCCAGGGAGCAGAUCACGAAAAUGUCGAACGCAUUGGCGGCGAAAGCACAAAAAUUUAAUUCCGUCUUCCGUAAAUUAUUGAGCGAAUCCAAAGAGGAGUUCCAUAAUAUGUUCACACGCACCUAUGGCGUCAUCUAUCAGCAAAAUUCCUAUGUUUUCUCCGAUUUAUUUAAUGAAUUGGAAAAUUACUACACGCGUGGACGCGUCGAUUUAUUGGAUGUGAUGGAUAAGUUCUUUAACACACUGUACCAGAAAAUGUUCCAGGUGUUGAACGGACAGUAUUCGUUCGAUGAAAAAUUCCUUCACUGUGUCAGCGAACACAUGAAGGAGUUAAAACCCUUCGGCGAUGUGCCCGAUAAACUGGCUGUGCAGAUAAAGCGUUCCUUUGUAGCGACGCGUACCUACUGGCAAUCGCUGCACACAGCAGCCGAAGUCUCCAAGAAGAUUAUAAAUAUCCACCUCAAUGCCGAUUGCACGGCCGCGCUCACGAAAAUGCAACACUGUGGCGCCUGCAAGGGCUAUGCGGAGAAACCGUGCACAAAUUACUGCGUUAACGUGAUCAAAGGUUGUCUGCACUACGUGAACGAGUUCGAUACGGAGUGGGAGAAUUUCGCGCUGGCCAUGGACAAAGUCGCUGAACGUUUAUUGGGCUCAUUCAAUAUUGUGAUGGUUGUCGAGCCGAUAAAUAUCAAAAUUUCCGAGGCGAUUAUGAAUUUCCAAGAAUCCGGGCAGUCCAUCACCUCGCGCGUAUUUGAGGGUUGCGGCCGUCCUACACUGGGCCGUACCCGUCGCUCAGUCAGUCCUAAAUUCGCACAAUCCACUUCCACUCAUACGCAGUCGUCACAGUCAUCGGUGAGCUUGAGCAGCUCCGACUCGAAAGUGAUACGCAAACGCGCCACCUUGGAGGUGCCAGUCGAACAAAUCGAAUCCGAUAUUUUAGACAUCGAUGCCGAUGUUGAUGAUGCGAUGGUAUUGCGUGAACGUCGCGCCGCCGAACCUGGCUCGGAGGAGCAGAGCGCAAGUGGCGAUAAGUCGAAUGGCGGUACUGGCGCUAGCGCAGGUGGUGGUGGUGGCAGUCGUCGUAAUCAACAACGGCGCAAGCAGCAGCAGAGUCGCAAGAAUGAUGACGACUACAAUGGGCGCGAUCCCAAUCUCGAUAAAUUGGUGCGCGAAAUCAGACAACGUGUGAAGGAAUCUAAGAAGUUCUGGUCGAAUUUGCCACACCAGAUUUGCAGCAAUGAUGAGAUCUCCACAUCGUCGGACGUGGAUGGCAUGUGCUGGAAUGGCCAUACGAUCGAUAGAUAUAUGCACCCUGUGACCACCGAACAAAGCCGCAAUCCGGAAUUCCCCGGCAAUCCGGCGUCUACGCGUCAGACUUCGCAAGUGGCCACACAACUUUUCUACCUGAAAAAUGUUAUCAAUCACCUGCGUAAUGCCUACAACGGCCAAGAUGUCGACUGGAGUGAUCAUGAAGAUGCCUUCGAAGGUAGCGGCGCUGGUUCAGGCGCAGGCAGUGAUGAUGAGGACGACGACGAGGGUUCCGGACUGAGCGGCGGUCCAUUUACUCCGCCGCACCUCAAACCCACCGAUCGUCCUUCGUUACCAGCGAACAACAUCGAUGAUGAGGAUGAGGAGGACGUGGAGGAGCGUCGUAUUACGGACACCUCACACACAUCGCGUCCUAAAUAUCCUGGCAGUUCGGGUACGAGUGGCGGUGCCAUUGGCGCUGGUGAUACGAACUCCAUAGACGAAGAUGAGGACGAUGAAGGCGACAACGAUUUGGAUGAAGAAAAGGGCAGCAGUGGGAAUGCGGGUGCAAAGACAGCGCCCAAAAUGACAUUGCGCCGUGCGCUGUUGUUGUAUCUACUGCCGUUGUAUAUGGCGUGGUUUGGUGGCGUUGUUGCCGAUAUGCUGUGAUUCGUUGUUGUUGCUAUUGCUUAAGUCUAGUUGAAGGACGUGGGCAAGAAUGUGGCGAAGAGGAAAUGCCGAAUUUCUUGAAUUUUAAAUUUGUUUGUCUAGUGGUUAAAAGGCGAUGUGAGAAUGAAAAUGUAGCACGAGUUUAGGUGCGAAAGCGUCUAGCAGCCAAAGUGACGUAGAAUGCUUGAGAAAUGUUUAGUGACAUGAGAUGGCUUGAGCUGGAAAUUCUUUAAUUUUAGACGAGGUGCCUAGCACACUUUCAGGAGCUAAAUGAGGUAGAGUGAAUUUUCACUGCAAAGUAAAACUGACUACAUAAUCUAAAAUUUAUAUGCUCGCUGAAAAAGUUCUGCUAAAUGGUGGUAUUUCAACGUUGCAUGCUUUUUGGCGCAAAAUAAUACUUGAACUGCUUAAUUUUGUGUAAGUUUCAUUUAGUUUUUAUCUUCCAAAGCUUUAAAGCGCUUUUAAAGUUAAAUUUUAAAUAUCCAAUUAAUUUUUUUUUUUAAGUUAAAUUUUAAAUAUCCAAUUAAAUUAUUUUUGUUAAUAUUUUACAAAAUUUGUAAAAUCGCUUAAGAACCUUGAAACUAUGCAAAUAUUUACAUAACUCAACUCUCUUUUGGCUUAAAGUUUUUCCAUAUCAUCUCUGAACACUUGGCUGAUGCAAUGCCCCUAAGAAAAUGUUAACAACUGGAUUUCAAUACUUUAGGCAGGGUUGAAUUGUUUGCAUUUUCAGUGUGUAGCAUUUCGCUGCAAAGUAAUUUUAUGCGCUUUAACAUAUUCAAGUCUCGAACAAAUAUCCUGCAGUGCAGUCCAAAGCCUUUUUGGUAAUUUUCAAGCACUGAAAAACUGAAAUGCGACAUGAAAGCUUGCUUUUAGGCGCGAAAUUGUGUGUUAUACUUAUUUUUUUUUGCUAAUUUACGCAGAACAAAAAUUGCAAGAACAAAUACAUUUAGCAUUAGAUCGGAAAACAUUGAAAAUCGAACUUUAAGCGAAGCGAUUCAUUUAUAUACGUAAACAAGUAAACAGUUAUGAAAAGUACUUUAGCCAAUAAGCACAAAGUAAUAAUGAAUUAUUAAAUUAAUACUUAUGUACCAGCAGCUAAUAUUAAAAUUAAAACAACAAAAAAUGUGAGUAUGCAGAGACGAAUGAAUAACUUAUAUGUACGUAUGUAUGCGAAUGCUGGUGUGUGCGUGCUGCUAUCUGUGCGUGUGGUAUAGUGCGUGUGUGUGUGUAGUGAUUAUUAUGUAAACUGGAUUAUCUUUUUAUUUUCGUAUUAAUUUUUAAUUAAAAGAACGAAAGCAUUUAAGUGCACAUUUCUGUAUUAUAUUUAAACUAUUAUUUAAUAAAAAGUUAUGACGUAUGGUGAUGAAAAGUGUAAGACCAUUUUAGGCGCAAUAAUAAAAUAUCGUGUAAGCAUACAAUAAACUAUACAUAAAUAUUUUCUAAUAAAAAUCUAAUACAUGAAAAAUCCUAAAAACGUGGCAUAUAUUUUGAGCUUUCCAAAUUGUCGACGAAUGAAAUGGGUAAAGAAAUACAAAAAUACAACAAAAAUUAAAACUGAAACUCUGUAAGCUAGGCAAUAUGGCACAUUAGGGAAGUCUUAGAAAUUGAAAAAACAUAGUACUAAUGUGAAAAAUAAUAAAUAAAAUAAAGGAAAAAAUAAAAAAACAAUAAAAUAAAAAAAAACAAUUUUAAUAGAAAGAAAAAUAAAUAAAUAAUACUUCCAUUGAGACUAAAUAGAAAGCAAUGUUUUGAAAACUAAGAACAAAGUAAUUACUUUAUAUCUUUACAAAUUAUUUACUUUUUUAGAAAAAUGCAUUUACAUACAUUUUAUUAAAAUCGGCUGCUAUUCAUGCUUUUGUUUCUUCUUUAAACAAAUUUAAAUAAGGGGUAUUGUUUUUUUAGUAGAAACUCUAUUUUGCUGCAAUAGCCCAAAGAGACAAAAGCAAAAUUUUGAAGAUCGAGAUAUAGAAUUUAAAAUAUAAUAUAAAUAAAUCUAUUUAUAUAUAUUUUUUAUAAAUAUUUUAAAAUUUAAUUAUUUAUUUAAGUGGACAGAUACCUGGAAACGGCUAUAUUUUCCCUGAUUUUCAUUAAAAUUAUUUAAAAUGAAGAAGUCAAUGUAUUUUUUUUUUCAAAAUUGGCAUACAGUUUAUUUAUACAUUAAAAUAAUAUACAUUUUUUAUUUUUUAUUUUAAUCAUUUAAAAUGGCGGAUGUACACUCAAUUCUCCCAGGAAGGUCGCAGCGGGGCUUCUCAAUCGGCGGGCAUUGUAGCAUCGGCGUCAGUGACCUGAAUACAAAAACUUUUUUGUUUAUUUAGGGGCGUCCAUA